AUGUCGUCAGACGACAGAGCCCUGGAGGACCUGUUGUACGGCGGUGACCUUGGUGACGAGGUGGAGGGGGCGGAGCCAGAGGGGACGGAGGAAAGUGCUGCUGCAGAAGAUACUCCGACGGCCGUCUCCAUCCAGGAGCCGAUGACGUGCUCCGGAUGUGGCGGACAGGUGUGCGACCGCUUCUUCCUAUUGGCUGCCGGUGGCGUUUGGCACAGCGCCUGCCUCCGCUGCAGCCGCUGUCACUGCGAGCUGCAGACGCACCCGUCGCUGUACUGGAGGGACGGGAGCAUCUACUGCCAGCAGGACUACUGCAGGAUGUUUGGCGGCGGGCAGUGCGCUCGCUGCUUCCAGCCAAUCCCGGCCUCCGAUUUGGUCAUGAGGUCCGGAGAGCUGACCUUCCAUCCUCACUGCUUCUCCUGUCAGGAGUGUGACGUGACGUUGAUACCUGGGAGCCUUUACUGCAUCCAGGGCCAGAGCCUCUACUGCCAGUCCCACUACCACGCCGGGGGGGCUCAAAAUCAGGUCUCAGCUGAAGGGGAGGAGUCUGGCAGCAGUCCUGAGCCACGAUUGGACGACAGGGCGGCAGGUGGGCGGACUCGCAGGCGGACGAAGCGAAUCAGGACUUGUUUCCGCAGCGAGCAGCUCCGAGCACUCGAGUCGUAUUUCGCCCAGAAGCACAACCCUGAUGGCAAAGACUGGAACUGCCUCGCUCACAAGACCGGCCUACCAAAGAGAGUCCUGCAGGUGUGGUUUCAAAACGCUCGAGCCAAACUGAGACGCUCCGUCACCACGGACGACUCUCAGGUCAACUCGCCUGCCGGGCCCCCUGGAGGCGCAACCAUGGCGAUGGACUCCCCGCCUCGGGCCCGCUCCCCAACGGACCAAUCACAGCCCUUCUGCUCCCCGAGCACCAUCGACCACCUGCAGCUCUCUCUGCUCACCGCGCCGCUCGAAGAGCCGCAAAACCCCGCCUACUUCUUGGACUACGACUCCCAGAGUGCACCGGGGUGUGUCUCCUCGCUGGAGGCCUACGAGGACUUUGGGGAGGCGGGAGGAGGAGGAGGAGGAGCAGAGGGAGAAGCUGAUCCUCAUAGUUUUUUUUAA